GCCAAGUCUUUCCGGCGGCACCUCGCCCCACAGACUCCGAGCCUUGCGGUUGCCCGGAUCCCAUCUAUGGUGAGGACAUUUGCUACGAGCCAGUAUGCCCUCCUGGCUAUUUCAGGUGUUGUGCGACUUGCUAUGAAGCACCCUGCUAUGGACUAAAGAAAGACCUUGAGUUGUCCUGGCGUGGCAUCUACGAAUGCAUCCUGUGUGAGCCGGGAGACUUUUGUGACGGAUGCGACACCUUCAAAAAGUGUCCCGACAACACACAGGCCUCUCGGGAAGGACCGCGAGUCCAACGCCUAAACCAUGUCCGAGUUUGUCGAGCGAGGCUGUGCGUUUUUGAUCCUUUCAAUGAACACUUUGUUUGA